GAAUUGAACGUCACAUGAUCAUCGAGUCACAUGACUUUGUUUUGGCGAAAAUGGCAGCUAGCGUUACAGCAUCUACUAUAUAUUUAUGUACUGUUUUUAUUGUUUUAUUCAAUGUAUAUGUCAACAGCCAGGAUACUGACGCACAGUUGUGUCAAAUGUGUGAAGGGACUGUACGACAAGACAGUCCUGUCUGGGAUUUCUGCCUAACAAAAGGCCAUAUUAGGGGACGCUGCUGUUUUGGAAAUAAUACCAGCAAUGUAGACACAAUUAUAGGGUUGGACUUGGCAAACUGCUCUAUUAGUCAUGUAGAGCACCUGUAUAAUUCAUCCACUACAUUCAUAAUAGACCUCUCCAACAACCCCAUCUCCAAUCUGAGCGAUUUCAUAUUUCAGGGUUUCAGCCAUCUUACCCAACUUUUACUACCCUCAAAACUGGAGUGUCCAGGGGGCAAUGCAUCAUGGGAGAAGGUUGAAGUGAAAAACAAUGCCAAAAUCUGCGAAGGACAGAAAAAUAUUUGCAAUCAGACUGUGCAGAUGCCCUGGGAUUGCCCUGAAAACUCAUUCUGCAGCCCAUAUGGACCAGGGUUCUUUGAGUGUAGCUGUCUGCAUAAUUUCCAUGGAUACAAGUGCAUGAGACAGGGCGAGUUUCCUAUAGUUAAGGUGCUUGGGAUACUAACCGGAUCUACAGUUGUGGUUUCAUCUUUACUCUGGUUCACACAAAGACGAAAGGUCAAGAACACUUGAGUUUUAAAGAAAACUGACUGUUGGGCUGACAGUGGAGCCACAAAAUGCUUCAAGCUUACUGAAAAUGGUGCAGGAGACACCAAAGAGUUUAAUACACUGGAUGGUAUGAACCAUCUGCUUGUUUUUUAUACUUGCCAAAAGCAGGUUUGCAUGACAUUAUUAUUUUUUUAAACGUUAAAAGUUUGCACAUAGUUUGUGUUGAAUGUUUUACUUUCUAUUUAUACAUUUUUUGAAAGCUUUCAUGAAUACUGUCACAUUUUCACAGACUUGCUAAGGCUGGUCUGUAAAGGGAAAACUGACCGUAGACGGACCUCGCCGAUUGUGUUUGGAGGGCAGCCACAUUUCUGACUGAUCUUUAGACUCCUAAACACGUCAAAGUGAAGCACUCAUGUAUUAUAACAAUGAUUAUUAAGGACAAAUAUUUUGUGCUGCUUUAAGACAAAAAUUAUCUUCAUUUUUAAAGAUGUUUACUUAAGCGUUUACUUAAAAAUUUGUGUUUUUGACAUAGAAAAAUAAUUAAUUUUACAGGAGAUGGGGACAUGGAUGUUGUAGGACUGUUGUUAUUUGUGAAAAAUGUAGAUCGUUACUGCCACAUCCUGCUGUUUACAGAUGUCACAUGUUAUAUCCUAACUGAUGAUCCUUCAACCUCUGUAACUAUGCUUUUCUCUUUUUGGCAGCGUAAGAGUGUAAAAGGGAAUCUGUUCCAUCUGAGAUGUAUAGACAGACACACUAUUAGUAGAGUACUGACAUACGUAAAUGACAUUAUGUGGGUUUUUGUCAAUAAUGUAGUAUUGUGGUAGGGAAUUCAGCAUGUACCUUGGCAGCCUGGUAC